GACCUAAAUGUGGACACAGUGAUUGCCACCUGCUCUUUCACAUCAUUGGCACAGAACACACAUACACCAGUCCAGUGCUUCAGUACCACACACACACACACACACACACACACACACACACACACACACACACACACACACACACACACACACACACUCAAAAUGGCAACUGGAAGUAACGAGAGGAAGGAGUAUCUUUCAGUAAAGGACCUGGAGAAAGUUUUAGACUCCUGCACUUUGGAUCUGCAUCAGAUAGAUGAAGUCUGGCCAAAUCUGUACAUCAGUAACGUGAGAAUCGCUCAGAACAGGACGACGCUGCAGAGUCUGGGCAUCACACACAUCCUGAACGCCGCACACUCCAAACACGGCAGCAUCGGGGACCAAAAGUUCUACGGCACGAGCUUUGUUUACUGCGGGAUCCCAGCAGAGGACUCGUCUCAUUUCGACCUGGAUGUUUACUUCAGACCUGCUGCAGAAUUCAUACACAAAGGCCUGAAGACUGUAGAUGGGAAGGUGCUGGUGCAUUGCAUUAUGGGUAUGAGUCGAUCGUCCUCACUGGUGCUGGCGUACCUUAUGCUGUAUCAUCGCAUGUCUCUGUGCUCGGCCAUCAAGCGCCUUGUCCAGAAACGAGCCAUCUACCCCAACAGGAACUUCCUGGCUCUGCUGCUUGACCUCGACCUGCAGUUGAAGAAGAAACACAAAACCUGCAUCCUGCUGUAAACAAACAAACAAACAAACAAAACAACUAGAGCUGGGCGACAUGGUAACGUGGCAAGCUGGGCCAAUCAAAUCAAAUCAAAGUAUAACUGAGGCUGUGAUACAGGACUGUUUGUAACACGCUUUUGUUCACGUUCACAAGUGAAGUUUGUUAAACAUCCAGCUCAGGUCAAAGGGCAUUCCUUUAAACUGCCAUGUUUUCAUGCUAGCUACUUAUCAAACAAGCUAGCACCAUGGGGAUCUUAAAGGAGACCAGUGCAUGAAGUACAGAGAAGUACAGAGUUUAAGGAAAAGUAGACAAGUGUGUGUCACGCUCUCCCACCACACAUCGUAUUUCUCAUGCAGAAAAACUUUUUGACUAUUUAUCAUAUAUUUAAUAAUCCGCAGCGCUCUAUGGAAACGGGCAGGAACCAAACGCGUCUCCCCUGGAG